UCGAGGACUCCAGACGGCGACAUGGCACGAUGUAUAGCCAUUUCAUAUUUAAGAUUCUCCAUGGUCGUGUGUCACACUACUGCUUGGGGUUGAUUCUGAGCGAGCACACCAGGAUGAGGGAGUUGGGUGAUGAAGUGGCUAUUCGGUGCGGAUGUGCUAUAUCGGUGACUCAUGGACUACCUUGUGCAUGCACCAUUCACCGCGUAAUUACGCAAGAUAGGGCGUCGUUCCAUGUUGAUCAGGUUCAUCCAUUCUGGCGGACGCUCGUUAUCGGAGAGCAUGCUGUUCCACCGACAGUCAACCGUGAACAGGAGGAGUUGGAGCAGUUUCGUUCGAUGUUUGACCAAGUGUCCUCCAGCCACCCUUCAGUCAUUCGUAGUGCUACCCACGUACUUCAUGACAUGUUCAACUCGUCGUGCUUGGAUCAUGAGGAACCUGAGGGGGUCGAGCGACCACGGGGCCGACAACCACGGCGGGAAAGGAGUGCGUUUGAGUACAUUCGUGGUCGUGGUCGUGGUCGUGGCCGUGGUCGUACAUCGUCAUCAAGUGGUAGUCAAACUUCUUCGUCGGUGAAUAUGCCCGGCACCGGCAGAAUGGACAUUGAACAUUUUCCAUAUAAAGACAGGAUCCCUAACAUCAUGAUGCCGUUCCUGGACGGGUGGAAUGAUGUGGUUGCAGAUGGUAACUGUGGAUUUCGGGUUGUGGCUGAUGUGUUUCAGAUGGGUGAAGACAACUACGGUUUAGUGCGUCAGUUGAUGUACAGUGAAAUCGCCUCAAACCGAGCUGUUUAUCGCCACGUGUACGGACAGGACUUGGAUAGGUCUCUGCAGCGUAUCCGGUGGGGAGGAGGACGUUGCGGUCAAAAUCAUUGGUUCGACGCGCCCCUUGAUCUCUUCGCCGUUGCAAACAUCUACAAGUGUGCAGUGAUGCAUUUCGGCCUUGGUUUGCAUGGUCGAGCUUACUAUCCGUGUACCACGGUUCUGCCUUGGUGUUCGCGUGAGACCGUCACCAGACCGGUAAGAGAGGUUGCUAUUGGAUUUCUGGGGCCGUCAUACGGACAUUUCAUCCGACUGGACCUGUCACCCGAUUUUCCGGUCCCACCGAUUAUACCAACGUGGUACACCAUUCGUACAGCAAGCGUAGAGGGCUGGGAUGCGUUAUAUCAUGACCGGGUGCAGCAGUGGAACAAUCUAGUUGCCUUUUCUAUGUGACCUAAUAUUGCUAUUGCUAUGUUUUUCCCAUUUAUUUAAUUUUCGGAUUCUAAUUUUCGUA